CCGUAAGGGUCUGCUUAGGUGUGUAGAGCAGCAACAUUAACAGCAACAGCAAUAGCACACCGCAAAACAGAGCUACGUGAUACAAGCGAUUGCACUCAUACAUCCCACUAGAAAUGCCGAACUUUGUUUUUAAAUGGCCUGCUGACAAAAAAGUCAAGGACGUGAUUGUGACGGGGACCUUUGACAACUGGUCAAAGACCUUGCCGUUGGUGAAGAGGCCGGACGGCUCGUUUGAGCUCGAGGUGCCUCUUGCCAAGGGCACGGAGAAGAUUGAGUUCAAGUUUGUGCUCAACGGCGACGAGUGGGUCACCAGCGACACGUACUGGACUGUUGUCGACGAGACGGGCAACACGAACAACUACAUUGAGUUUGCCAAGGACGGCAGCGUUGUGAAGGCCGAGAAGAACAUGGGCAAGACUGAGUUUGGCAAGACCGAGAACGGCAAGACCACCCAGCCUGCCAUCAUUCCCGAAAGCGGCUUGAGCAUGGGUUCUGCAGCUCCUGCUGCGGGCGCCGGUGCUGCAGCUGGCGCUGCAGUUCUAGCGCACGGCAAGAAGGAGCCGGAGGAGGUGAAGCCCACUGUGAUGCCCAGCCAAGAGGGCGUGCAGACCACGCUCGGGGAGCCUGGUGUGGUUGUUCCGGAGAACCCGCAGGAGAUCAGUGCGUUCAAGGAGGUGAGAAACGUGGACGCCAAGAAGCUGAACGCGGACAUCAAGGAGCAGGAGGCGGCGGCGGCGGCAGCUCCAGGCAGCGCAGCCAGCAGCGAGGGCAAGGCCAAGUACGUGAAGAAGGUGAAGAAGCUGGUGUCGCCGGAGGAGGCCAACAAGGCCGAGGCUGACGCUUCCGCCGGCGCCACCGCUGACGCCAAGGAGACGCCUGCGAGCGCCGGCACCGCGUCGACCACCGCCACAGGCACCGCCAGCACCGCUGCUUCAAAGGACAAGGGCAAGAGUCCUGCCAAGAAGGACACUGCGCCAAGCACCGCCGCGUCCUCGAAGACUGCGUCGUCGGCUAAAAAGGAGAAGCGUGGCUUCUUCAGCAGGGUCAAGAAGGCUUUGUCCUAGACUGGCUGCCCCGGCGGUCUGUCCGCCGCUGUUGUACAACCAUUUUUUCUGUUUCUGUUUCUGCUUCUACUUCUAAUCUUUUUUGUGACUCCUCCUGUGUCCGACACGACACCUUCUGUUAUACUGUACUGUACCCGAUAUACGUUGAACACGCAUCAUGUA